AUGGCACUGCCCAAGCGAAUCAUCAAGGAAACUGAGCGCCUGGUCAACGAGCCUGUUCAAGGAAUCAGCGCGACGCCGCACGACGACAACCUGAGGUAUUUCGAUGUUACCAUUGACGGCCCUAGCCAGUCGCCUUAUGAGGGUGGUGUCUUCAAGUUAGAGCUAUUUCUCCCAGAUGACUACCCCAUGACGCCGCCCAAGGUCCGCUUUCUCACAAAAAUCUAUCACCCCAACAUUGAUCGUCUGGGUCGCAUCUGCCUUGAUGUUCUGAAAAGUAACUGGUCGCCUGCCCUCCAGAUUCGUACGAUCCUACUCUCGAUCCAAGCUCUUUUGGGCGCGCCCAACCCUGACGAUCCCCUUGCGAACGAUGUUGCCCAGGCAUGGAAGGAGAACAAGAAUCAGGCUAUUCAGACAGCUCAAGAAUGGACACAACAGUACGCGAAGCCGUGA